CCGGGCCGGGCGGUGCGGCCGCGAUGGAGGCGCUUUACCACCAGACCAACAAGCAAGUCCAUGAGGUUCAGUCUUACAUGGGGCAUCUGGAGACCUCCGACAAGCAGUCAGUGCACUUGGUAGAAAAUGAAAUUCAGGCAAGAAUAGACAGGAUAUUCAGCAACCUGGAACGCCUGGAGAUCCUGUCUAGCAAAGAACCUGCCAACAAACGGCAGAAUGCCAAACUCCGAGUUGACCAGCUAAAAUAUGAUGUCCAGCACCUGCAGUCAGCACUGAGGAACUUCCAGCAUCGUCGUUACAGUCGGGAGCAACAGGAGAAACAGCGAGAGGAGCUCCUGGCACGCACUUUCACUGCUAAUGACUCUGACACCACCAUACCGAUCGACGAAACAUUACAGUUUAAUGAAUCCCUCCAGAAUGCCCAUCGUGGCAUGGAUGAUCUUAUUGGCAGUGGGACCAGCAUCCUGCAUGGGCUGAGGGACCAGAGAAUGACACUAAAGGGCACUCACAAAAAAAUCCUAGAUGUUGCCAACAUGCUGGGCUUAUCGAACACAGUGAUGCGACUGAUUGAGAAGCGGGCUUUCCAGGACAAAUACUUCAUGAUCGGCGGAAUGCUCUUGAGCUGCGUGAUCAUGUUCCUUGUGGUGCAGUACCUGACGUGAGCUGAUCAUUCGAGCUAGAGGAGAGAACCAUUUGGAUGAAGACAGACUGUCCUCCCCAGAUGUGUACUGCCUAGUUCAUUGUGACCUUUGGGUUAGUCCUGCUCUGUAAACUGCAGUGUGUGCCAAGUGACACGCAGAUGUAAUCACAUAUGGGCCAUGCAGAGGGGAGCAAAUGUGGCCGAGGAUGCCAUAAUUGGAACUAGAAGCCCAGCCUUUAAUGUGGUUAGCCUGUUGCCUGUGUACUGCAGACUCUAGUUACACAGGAGAUGGGCGCAAUGAAUAUUUUUCAUCAGCUCUACUACUAGCAAUGGUUGUGAUAACCUCGGUUUUUUAUUGAGGGUGGGGGGGAGUGGAGAGGGGAUGGAGGAGAUAAGAACUGUAAGGAAAAAUGUGAUGUGCCUUCCCUGUGCUGGGGGUUUCUCUGUGUUAUUUUCCACAUGCAGACGUCUUGUGAGGAAAGUAAUAAAACCCUACAGGGGCCUGCCCUGCAGAGCAUACACGCAUGGAGAGGGGUGCAGUGUGAAUUCAGUGGUCCCCAAAUGGAAACUGACCCCUCUGCAGAGGUGGGGCGUAGCUCUCACAGGGAAGGGCACGAUCACCGCAGCCGCUGCCAAGUUCCUUUGUUAGGGUAAAGACAGUUUUAACCCAACUGUGGCUCUUCCUGCCUCAGGCUCUGCGGCGGCUGCUGCUGUUCCCUUGUUUCUGAGUCUGUUUCCACACCUCCUGCAUGUCUUUGAAAGGCCUUUCCCAGGCUGACUUUUCCCAGUGAAUGCUGAGUGCUUCACCCCAGAAGCGCAGAAAUACUGUUCAGUAGAAUGCUUUUAAAUGUCUAGUUUAACCUCCACUUUUCCUCCUCUUCCUACCACCUUUUAGGAACCGCUCUCUCAUCCCCUUGCCUUCAGCUGGGGAGCAGGGAUAUACCUCGGUAGAUUUGUAUCUCUAGAAGAAGUUCUGUGCUUCAUCCGAUUCGUCUCUCUGACAGGUCCAACCUCAAAAAACCAUAAGACUUUGUUUGCUUGCACGGCCAGUCUGUCCUGGCAAGCUGGUUUCAGUCUCCCUCCCUGUUGGGGCUCUGGAGCUGGUAUUUUGACAAGGUUUCCAGAAGGAAAUUGAAAUGCAGCCUGGCCAGUUCCUGUGUGGGACAGGUGGUUUUUUAGCAUUGGGAUAAGAACAGCCAUACUGGGUCAGAAAGGUCCAUCUAGCCCAGUAUCCUGUCUUCCAACAGUGGCCAGUGCCAGGUGUCCCAGAGGGAAUGAACAGAACAGGGAAUCACCAAGUGAUCCAUCCCCUGUCACCCAUUCCCAGCUUCUGGCAAACAGAGGCUACGGACACCAUCCCUGCCCAGCCUGGCUAAUAACAUGCACCUCACACAACACAUCACAGAGAUGGAUGGAAACAGCGCAAUAAACCUCAAACUUACAGCCACUGGGGUGGAGGAAAGAGGAAGCGUGGUGUUCCUAAAGCUUUCUGGCCAGAAAUGAAAGGAAAUUCCUGUCCCGCAGCCUUGGAGGAAGGGUUAUCCUUUAUAUACCCCUGCUCCCUGUCAACUCUGAAAAGCAUCUUUGCACCUGAAGGAGAGUUAGAGGAAACAGCUGAAUGAGACAUGAUGACUUCUUAGCCACAGAACUUUACCUGCUUUUAAAUGUGGAGUAAGGAAAACAGUGUCUCAUUGUAACAUCACCAUUUUUUUCCCGCCAGCGGACAGGUUUCUGUCACAGAAUAGUUAUCUCUGGAACUUGGGAGGAGUCCACUUUAAACAGCCUUCACUGGCGCUCCUGCCCCCAGCUUCCUGUAGAAGUCUAAAGCAUUCCCGGAUUUCCAGGUGUCUGGUCAUCAUGCUGCCGAGCUGUCAUAAUGUAGACACGUUUUGUGUCUUUCUGGGAACCAGUUCAGUGUUCUGUAACUGGUGCAAUGGUAUCUUGUUAAAAAAAACAAAACAAAUCACCAAUAAGCACAACAUUCCUCUCCCCCAAUGCAGUGGGUGUAUUUCUGUGCAUUGCAUUCUGUACACUGCAGCGGUAGGUAACCUGUUGAAAAUUGGAGAAAAGGAAUACCGGUACAUUUUUCAUCUAAACUUAAAUGUCUAGUUACUGUGGGCAAGAAAAUGGGCUGAACUAAAGUACGAACUACCCCAGCAGGGAUCUAGUAUGACCUGCUGUAUUUCACAGGCUAUUACAUUUCAUCCUGUAUUGAGCUUAAUGAGUUGACUAAAUUAUUUCAGUGGGGAGAGACUGAACCAUUGCGUGCCCCAGGCGGAAAACAGAAGAAACUGAGGUGCCACCGAUGCCCUUGCAAUGGCAGGAAUUGAUAGGUGAGACGUGCCCAGAUGAUCCCAUUAGGCUAUCCAUCCCGCAGCGGAAGGUGAAAAAAACCCACAGUCCCUGAGCUGUAUGUGUCAGAAUGCUCCAUGCUUCUCAAGCAUUGUUUAUGCUUGUGAGCACCCUAGAUUUCUAGUCCUCUCUUUCAUCUGCUGUAGCAGAUGAAAUUGUGCUUGAAAAAUGUUAUCAAAUCAGGAAAACUUCUGAGCAGCCGAGAAAAUGAAAAAUUGGUUCAGCCCUUCCCGGUGUGCCCUUGAGCCUUAGAGGAAAGAGGAGGCAAGGGGUUGCAGCAGAGCUGGCCUGGCCAAAUCUAUAGAAUCACAGGGGAGGUUUCUGCCAGCGUAGGAGCUGAAGUUCUGUGGGACUGCUGGGAUCUGAGUGGUGGCAGAACCAGGUCUGUUGCUGAGAAGAAAGUGUCCGUAGAAAGAGAACUACAGCUUGAGUGUGCACGGACUUUAUGCUUGUAUGGGCACCAUUUGGCCAUGAAAUUUGCAGUGCUGCACCUUAAAUGGCAGCGUUCUUCAUAUAACGAGGCAGGACCCUUCCCCAGCAAGCUACACAUUUGCUGUCAUUUAGAUCAUUACUGUACAUUCAGGCACACUGGCUUGCUCAGUUUUCUGUUUUUUAGUCCAACUGCAUAUACAACGGCCAU